AUGAUCCUCGCAGCAACGCCUCCAUCCCGACUCGCUGCUCACCUGAUAAAGGCCCCUCUCUUUCUCCCGCUCUCUCUCCAUCCACGCGCAUUCGGCCCGCUCCUCUCUUCGGCUUUUUCUUCGCUUCCUCGUACUCGGCACCGCUGUGUACUUCACACACACACGCACACACACAUCGUUACAUACCUUAACUCUCCUUCUCUAUCCCCCACUCUGGAGUCGCGUAUCAGUGGCUCGCGCAACAUGUCGGAGACAUCCUCGCUCGAGCUGUCGAGGACGCUCAAGCAGCGCAUCCUCGCUGCAUCGUCAGUGCUGCGCCUCUCCCCCAACGCCUUUCUAGCUCGUCUCCUCUCGCAGCACUACAACACCCUCGGUGGCCUCCCACGCGAUCUACUGCGCUACAUCUUUACCUUCCUUGACUACUCCACCAUAUCCGCUAUUCUCACGCGCGUCUGCCGCAUCUGGCAGGACUACGUGGUUGAGGAUCCGCUGCAUUUCUUCGCUCGUCUGCGCCAGAUGCACGGCAUCCAUCUCCUCGACCCAGUGCACGGCCUCUUCUACUUCCCGAGGGCACUUAAGCGGGUGGUUAUCGAGUCCAAGGCAGGUGCGUCUUCGCCUCCGCCCGCAGUCGUGGCUGCUGUGUCAUCCUCCAGCACCGGAUCAGGCAAUCCUGCUACUGCUGCUUCGUUGGGAGCCGAUGACACACGGCGGGGGCUCAUUCCAGUCGUGAGUAGUCGUGCCAACGCGCUCAGCCGGGAGACUCAGCAGCAGGACGCAGGCGGCGCCAAAGUCGUCCCAGCCUCCUCCUUCCUAACGGUCGACAUCCGCACCCAGAACACCAAGUCGCUGCCGUGGUGCUACGCGCGUGAGACGGUGCAGUGGGCCAUUGAGGGAGAGCGGAUGGCUUACGGCGAGGUCCGCACACCUGGCCUGCAGCAGACGGAAGACCCGGUGUGGUCUCAGGCAGCUACCGUCGCCUAUGAUCGCCGCAUCUACAUGUUUGGCGGAGAGACGUACGAAGGCGUCGUUCUCGACCGCGCGUACGAGUAUGACCCAAUGACGAAGCACUGGGGGGUGCUGCCAGCACUCAGCGAGAAGCGGGCGGCAGCGAGCGCUGUGGCGUACAGGGGCUAUAUCUUUGUGUUUGGCGGCUACAAUGCGGAGGUAGGUGUGCUGGAGACGUACGAGGUGCUGGAACUGGAGACGCGCACGUGGAUCUCGCAGACAUACCCACCGCAGUGCUUCUACAAGCGACAACAGCAGCAAAACCCGCGGUGCCAGCAGACUUCAAUGCUAUCGGAUGCCGCGGCUGCCGCAAAGGUGAUGCGCCAAGGUAAGACGGUCAUUCAUGAGGACAGCAACGACCACGUCCGAAUAACCUCCUGCUCCUCAGAGGCGGCAGCAUCCAGCAUGACAUGGCCAUUUUCGGUAGUGCAGCCUCCAGAGCGGAUGGGCUCCGGUCGUCGAUCGGCAGUGUCGACUCAAUACCGAAUGCCGGAGAAGGUCUGUGGCACAGCGGUCACAGUGCACCGGGAUGUCUUUCUAUUCGCCGGGGGCCAUCAGAGCUGCAUCGCACCGGAGCAGACUGCUGUGAGCUACUCGGCGGUAAACAGCGCGACGACCACACCCAUGCUACCCGUGCCUGGCGGGGUCGGCGAUGGCGCAGGUAGCGACAUUGCAUCCUCAACGGCGAGCACCAGCGCGGUGAACACCCCGCAGCGCCUGCCGCGCGUUGGGUCGAUCAGCGUAGCUGACCAACCCAUGGCCGAGUCGUUCGUGUGGAUCUUCUGUCCCCGAACGGGACGGUGGUGGACUCAAGGUCCGCGCUUGCCCUCGCCGCGCGCGUUCGGUGCCAUGACAGUGCUCGAGCUACCCAUACUUGGCCCGUGCUUAUGCUACUUCGGCGGCUGUGCCAAGGCCGAUACGCCGGAGACAGCGAUGCUCUACAUCCCGCUGUGCACCGCCGCGGAGACGCGUGCACUCGCUGACGCUGAGGCGCAGGGCAGCAUCGGCAAAGUCGCUAGGAGGUCACCCGAUGCCUCUUUUCCUUCGAACGCGGUCGCUGACAAGGUGAAGAAGAAGAGGCAGGAGGGUACGGGUGGGGAAUGUUUUGACAAGGCAAAGUCGCCCAUCACCACUCCCACCACCACCGUUGCGGGAGCGCGUCCGCGGCGAACUGCUGCUACAUUAACGAGAGCGGAGGACGGGGCUAAAGGUGGACUGUUGCGAGAGACAGUGGGAACACGGGGUGUAGCGCGCAAAGGCUACAGAGGUGCUCGAACAGAGCCAGCUGCGGCUGUGGGGAGCGAUGCCGUUAUCCAGGCUGAUCUGCCGUGUACAGAGCGCGGUACAGCAGAAGCGGCCUCCAGUACCACCGCCGGUGGGUGCAGAGGUAGCCCCAGUUGUCGCCGCCGCACAGCGUACGAGCCGCUGCAACCCACCUCAACCGCACGCACUCCACCCAAGCAUCUUCACCGCAGAGGGGUGGAGUGCUUGGGCGGCGUCAGUCGGCUGGUGACUGACGCAGACGCCGGCGGUGCCUUUAGGAGGAGCGGUGGCAACGAUGAAGGCGCCGUCUUGCCUGACAAGGAGGCGGACAUGACGAUGAUAUGGAGGUGCUUCCGCAACCCGAACGAGCUGCCGUGGCAACGGUACGUGCGCAUCCCCAUCGGUGGGGCCUUCACCUCCGUCGUUGUCCUCGGCGCCCAGCACUCCCGCUCGUUGGUGCUUACCGGCUUCUACCCUGCACCGAACAUCGGUUUCUGCAAAGUGAACCACCUUCUCCCGCUCGACGCCAUCCUCCCGCUUCUGGGUGCACUCUCACCGCCGCUAACCACACGGAUAGACACGGAGCAGCCUCCGCCAACUGACCAAGGUACGACUGCUGCGCAUGUGCAGGGCAACACCCCACCAGCACCGGCGUCGUCGCCGCCGGGAGUCGUCAGGGUAGCAGCGGACUCUCCCUCCUUCCCUGUGCUACCAUUGGACCCCAACCUGCAGAACGAGGCAACUGUGGCUGUCAAUCAUUGGCACCAAGAGCGAGAGUGGAACCACCACCAGCGGCGAGAGAUACGGGAGAUGGUGCGCUCCGCCGCGCAUGCCGCGACGAUGCGGCACCCACGAAAUCCACAGACGGCAGGCGAAGAGCACAAGUGGAGUCUCGCACCGGUGCCGGAGGUGCGCGUCGUUAGCCGCACCGGACCCUCGCUGCUGCGCGUCUCGUGGAAGGUGCAGACGCUCAAUGCAAAGGUGAUUGUCGGCAUUGAAUAG